UGCGAAAUACUAACACAAUACAAUUUUUUUUAUGUCCUAAAAUAAUUCGUGUGUGUAACUGUUAUUUGUGUGUUGCAAACUAUAAUAAGGAAAUUUAUUAUUUUAUGCUGUGGUAUGUGUUUAAUUUAAGUGAAUCCAAAGUAGCUUACAAUGAGACGUCGAGCGUUCGUCGUGAAAUGGCCCCUCGAGCGCCUCAGUGCUCGGAGCCUGGGAACUUCAAAUGUCGCGAAACAAGCGGCUGAUACUUCAGAUAUAGGGAACCUUUCCACCCGGCCUCCAGCUUGUCCUGCUCAGGGCCAACGAUCCAGAUCGACGCAUGCUGUUGCCUCUGUGUUGGAAUCUUUAGGGCCUGCUGUAAAGUCCUGGGAUGAAGUACCUGGACCAAAGCCGCUUCCUUUAUUGGGGAACACUUGGAGAUUCAUUCCUUAUAUAGGUGGUUAUUCAGUGGAGCACGUGGAUCAAGUAUGCCUUUCGUUACGAAAGCAAUAUGGCAAAUGUGUCAAAAUGGCCGGACUACUGGGAAGACCAGACAUGCUCUUUGUCUUUGAUGCUGGAGAAGUUGAAAGGGUCUUCCGAGGAGAAGACGCUGCUCCCCACAGACCUUCGAUGCCGUCGUUAAAUUACUACAAACAUGAGUUGAGGAAAGAUUUCUUCGGAGCUGAAAAACAUUGUGCUGGAGUUAUUGCCGUACACGGUGAUUCCUGGGCUGCAUUCAGAACAAAAGUCUCUCGAGUGGCCUUAAGUACUGGUGCUGCAGCGCAGUAUACUGAACAGGUCGGAGAAGUAGCAGAUGCUUUUGUUAACAGGGUGCGAGAAAUAAGAAAUAGUGAAUCAGAAACGCCAAGCGAUUUCCUAAAUGAAGUUCACAAAUGGUCCCUGGAAUCUUUAGGAUUAAUAGCAUUAGAUACGAGGCUGGGAUGUUUUGAGUCACGCGAAGGUUCAGAAAGUCAGCGUUUAAUAGAUGCUGUCAACACAUUCUUUCUUUGCGUUGGAGAAUUGGAAUUGCGGGCUCCGUGGUGGAGAAUAUAUCCGACCACAAUGUUCAAGAAAUAUGUUGCCGCUUUGGACACUAUACUGAGUGUUACACUAUCGCACGUAGAGCGAGCGUUGCAAGAAUGUAGAGACAAUGAUAGCAAAUCACUCUUACAAGAUUUAGUGGCUGCUGCUGGACCAAGAGUUGCAGCUGUGACAGCACUCGAUAUGUUCCUAGUGGGUAUUGACACGACAUCAAAUGCAGUAGCUUCGACUCUAUAUCAAUUAUCACAAAGGCCAGACGUUCAGGAUAAGCUAUAUAAAGAAAUAUCAAGUGUUUUAAAAGGCAGACCCCUGAGAGCUGGCGAUGUGGCUCAGAUGCCAUAUUUAAAGGCCUGUAUUAAGGAAGUCCUAAGAAUGUAUCCAGUUGUCAUUGGUAAUGGCCGACAGUUGACCAAAGACACGAUUAUCUGUGGCUACAAUAUACCUAAAGGUACACAAGUAAUAUUCCAACAUUAUGUGAUGGCUAACAGCGAAGAAUAUUUCUCUAAAGCAUCAGAAUUUCGUCCUGAACGUUGGUUACAACGUUCCACAUACAAACAUCACGCGUUUGCGUCUCUUCCGUUCGGUUUCGGGAAACGAAUGUGCCUCGGACGAAGAUUUGCGGAAUUAGAAAUGCAAAUUGUUAUUUGUAAGAUGGUGAAUUCAUUUAAAAUGGAGUAUCAUCACGAGCCGCUUGAAUAUCACGUACAUCCCAUGUACACGCCAAACGGUCCCAUUCGGAUAAAAUUGAUCGACCGGUGAACAUCUGCGUAUUAAAUAUAUAUGUACAUAUGUUAUUCAUA